AUGGAGAGCUUGAAGUUCUUAAAGACCACUCUAAUAUGGACUUUGAAAGCCGGGUGUUUGAUCCAUCUUGUGAAUGAAAACCUUUAUGAAUUCAAUGAAACUCGUGGGGAAUCAAUGUUACCCACUUUACAAUCAACCAAUGAUUAUAUUCAUGGAUUGAAAUGGUUUAGCUAUAAGGAUCUAGAUAUUGGAGAUGUCAUUAUUGCCAUUAAACCUAGUGAUCCCAACCAAAGAGUUUGUAAGAGAAUAACGGGAAUGCCUGGAGAUAUCAUACUAGUAGAUCCAUCGUCAUCAUCUCCUUUAACUUAUAAUCAAACAGAGAUAGUGAAAAAUGAUGGCUUCAAUAAGUUCAUAAAGAUCCCUAAAGGACAUGUUUGGGUGACUGGUGAUAAUCUUUGUCAUUCUCUAGACUCCAGGUCUUAUUCUGUGUUACCCAUGGCAUUGAUAAAGGGAAAGAUAAUUGCUGCUAAUUCUCUCAAUAAAGGAUUUAUUAGUGAAGAUGGGGACUUAUGGUUCUGGAACUUUAGGAGGAUAUCGAAUCUCUUUAUAUAG